CUCACCCCCCAAAAAGAGCCCAAAAAUCCUACAAUGGCGACCAACAGCUUCCUUCAAAUCCCUUCUACUGUUCUUCUAUGCCUCUUCGUAGCCGCAACGUGUCUUCUACCACAUCCUUCCCACGGCAACAACAUCAGUGGAUCGGUAGAGAAAGCAAGUUGCAUAAUUCACAUGGACGAGUUGCAGUUUGGUCCUCACUACCGGCCCGCAUUGACUCUCCAAGACCACCGUUUCGGAUCUUUAGACAGCCGCCAUCCAGGCCGUCCGGUGAGGCAUAAUGCGAUUGCUUCCGUUGAUCACGACGGCACGGCCCAUGGAUCACGAAGCCCAUCUGAUGAAAACCCAACCCAAGCGAUUUCAUUGGUGGCUUGUCCUCGAGUUUCCAAAAUCAUUGCUAUGCUGAAAAUUGUCCACCCAAAAUGGAGCCCCAUGGCCAUAAAAUCUGCUAUAGUGACAACUGGCAGCGCGAUGGACCACGAGCAGGAUAGUCGAGCGUUGGCAGUUGUCGACCUGCGCCGAGCUAUGGACCCAGGUUUGGUUUACGACACUAAUAAUUCAAAAGGGCAUGUAGAUUCUUUUUGUUCUUUGAAUUAUAAUAAAAAGCAAAAUUUGAAAAUUACUACUGGAUCGAUCCGUCAUGAUAAUUGUUCAAAAUGGCGUUCUCGUGACCAUAACUACCCAUCGUUCGUCUUGUUAUACGACAACAAGAAGGCGUCGCCAGGGGUUGUAGUUCGAAGGUUUCGGAGGACGGUGAGAAAUGUUGGAGAAGCUGGUGGAGUGUACAAGGUUGAUGUGGUCACACCAAGAGGUUCCUCUGUUACUUUUCAUCCAAAAACUUUGGUUUUUGCCAAGAAGUACCAGAGGAAGAGCUAUACGUUGACCCUGAAGUAUGUGAAAGACAAGAAGGGAAGAGUUUCACGAGGUUUGGUCCGUUGGAAUGAGAUGCAUGGGACACAUAAAGUAACGAGCCCGAUUGUAAUAGCGCCUGCUGCUUGAUUUGCAAUCUUUUUUAGUUGUCCUCUCAUGAAGUUGGUGUUUUCAGUUUUACCGUGUGUGUGAAAGAAUAAAUUUCAGUCAAACGUGUGGUUUGAUGUUUCUCAAUAAACUGGGUAUUUAUGU